GAAAAAACAGUUUUGUGCUAGGAAGAUCGUGGUGCUGCCGUUUGAAAUUGGGUGAAAAACAAAAGAUACAGUCAUGGAUCGUAAUAUGAAAUCAAGAAACAACCUUUCGAACACCACCAAAAACGAAUGUGUCCAAGUGGUAGUGCGCUGCCGGCCGCUUAACAAUAAGGAAUUAACCGGAAAUUUCCAAAAGGUGGUCGAUGUUUUUCCCAGUCGAGGCGUGAUCGAAAUCCUAAACUGCAAUGAAGCUUCGAGGGAAAACAAAAAAAUGUUUACGUACGAUGCGGUGUAUGAUUGUCUCUCCACACAACAAACGAUCUACGAUGAGGUGGUACGCCCAUUGGUAUCGUCCGUUAUGGAAGGGUUUAAUGGUUGCGUCUUCGCGUACGGUCAAACUGGAACGGGUAAAACGCACACGAUGGAAGGCAUCAAGAAUGACGCGGAGCAGAAGGGCAUCAUUCCGCGGGCAUUCGAGCAGAUCUGGGCACACAUAAACCGAGCGCAAAACAUGAACUUCCUGGUGGCGGUUUCGUAUUUAGAAAUUUACAUGGAGGAACUGCGCGAUCUGUUGAAACCGAAUUCGACCUGUUCGCUGGAACUGCGCGAACGAGACGGUGGCAUUGUGGUACCAAAUUUGCAUUCCGUACUGUGCAAAAGCGUCGAGGACAUGCUGAACGUGAUGCACCAGGGCAACAAGAAUCGUACGGUUGGUUUCACGAACAUGAAUGAGCACAGUUCGCGUUCGCAUGCGAUAUUUCUAAUCAAGAUUGAAAUGUGUGAAGUUGGAUCCACCCUGGUUAAGGUCGGCAAGCUAAAUCUGAUCGAUCUGGCCGGUAGCGAAAGGCAGUCGAAAACGGGUGCCACUGCCGAGCGGCUUAAAGAGGCGAGCAAAAUCAACCGGGCGCUUUCGUCGCUGGGAAACGUAAUUUCGGCCUUGGCAGAAAAAUCUCCCCACGUUCCUUACCGUGACUCGAAAUUGACACGCUUGUUGCAGGAUUCGCUUGGUGGCAAUUCGAAGACUAUCAUGAUUGCAAACAUUGGUCCCUCCGAGUUCAAUUACAAUGAAACGCUUACCACCCUACGGUACGCACAUCGGGCAAAGACGAUCGAAAAUAAACCGGUGAAGAACGAGGAUCCGCAGGAUACGAAGCUGCGCGAAUAUCAAAAUGAGAUAGCGGAGCUGCGCAAACUCAUUAGCGAACGGCAGAAGCGGGAGCGUACAGUACAUCGGGAAAAGAAGGCCAAAAAGAAGGCCUCUCGUGUAAAGCGUGAACCGAGCCUUACGCAAUCGGAUGAAAAGUCCGAUUCCGAGGUGGAAGAGGAAGAAGACUGCGAGAAGGAAAAUGAACAGGACUUCAAUGAGCUGGACACAAAAGCCAAAGAAGAGCUGGUGAAGGAACGGGAAGCAACGGUCGCAUUGGCCGCAAAGCUCCAGGAGCUCGAAGGACAGCUAGUCAAAGGUGGCAAGAACAUUCUCGACACGUACACCGAGCGCCAGUUUGAGCUUGAGAAAAAGCUAUCAGAAAUAGCCGAACGAAAGAAGCGUGAAAUCGAAAUGCAACAGCAGCUGGAGCUGCAAGAAGAAUCAACGAUGGAAAUUCGCGAAACAUUCACCUCACUGCAGCAGGAGGUGGAACUGAAGACCCGCAAGCUGAAGAAGUGUUACGCCAAGUGUAUGGCUCUGAAGCAAGAGCUGCAGGAUACGCGUGAUGAGCAUAAUCGUGACCGGCGCGAAUUGGAAAUGACACAAAAUGAACUGAUAAAGGAACUGAAGCGACUGUUGCUAAUAAUUGACAAUUUUGUACCGGCUGAGGUGAAAUCGCGACUGUAUACACAGGCCAAGUAUGACGAUGAAGCGGAAGAAUGGUUCCUUAAUGGUAGUAUGAUGCUGAGCAACCACCAAAUGUUGACCCGUCCGGUCGCCGAUCCAAACCGUCGGCGGCCGAUGAGUGAAUAUGCGCUGCAAAUGAUUAAAACGAAGUCCAGCGAAGCCAUCCGCUAUAAGGGUGAAAACAUACUCGAUUACGAGCUGGAUAUGCCGCUCAGAACGACGUACGAAUACUCGAACCCGAAAGUGUCGGCCUCGUUACAAGCAGUCUUGGCGGAGGCCAUGCAAACUGAGGACGAUAUCGAUAUCACCGAUCAGUCGAACUACGCCAGCAUGAUGAAAAUGCGCCUAGAUCAGAUCACCAAGCGCAACGUGCAGGAACACGCAGCAUCAAGCGCUUCGACAAGCAGUGCCAUGGCAGGUGGAGCUGCAAGUGUCGGUGUUAGCGGUGGUGUGUCAGGUGCAACUGUUUCGAGUAACAGUGCAACGGGUAGUGGUUUAAUGGGCAGUGUUGGAACCAGCACCAGUCGAGCACGAUCUUCGGUGUACAGCCGGGGAAAAUCGGCCGCCCCUGCAUUCGGUGCACAUUCGGCAGCACCGGUAAAGAAAGUGUCCACUUCGGCACUUAUGUCGAGCAGCCACGGAGGCACUGGACCGGGUUCAGGCAAUAUGUUCCCGAAAGCGCGUGGUCUCAUACCCAAGUAGAGCCUGCGCCACGGUGAAACUGAAGUACUCAUCUAAAUGUCAUCAUCGUUAUCGUACCAUCACCAUCAUCAUCACAACAACAGAACGAAUCAUCGUUUAAUCGCCCAUUCAAGACUAUGAUUGAUGAUCUCGCUUCGCUGUGCUUAGUGCUUAAAGUGGCAUUGCUGUGUUGGAAUGUACUCACAUUUGGAGUAUUGGCGCACAUGUUUCCACCUUUACAUUGUUUUAGUUUGCACGAAUCGAUGAAUGGAGGACGAUUGUAUGAAAAGUUUCACUCACGCGCGCGCUUUUAUCAUAAACACAUAAUUGGCAAUACGAAGGAAAGCAGAGCGGUUAGAAAAUACUCGAAAGUGGAAGGGAAUGGACGGGAUGAAUAUUUAUAGAAACACGGACAAUGUCCCUAGAGGACAUGUAGCAAAAGGCAACCGAACAAUGAAACACAAAGAGAAACAUGCAAAUGGACAAAAGGGAUAGGGAAGGACAUGAGGUAGAACCUUUAUGAGACACUUAAAUUAAUCAAAAUGAAAAAAGGACAUCGUAAGCGUUUGGAAACAUAAAAUUAUAGAACACGUCAACGAGAUGCUCGGAAGGUAUUAACAAUAGCUGUGCCUAGGAAUAUAUUUUUGUUACGUUCUUCUCCUUUAACACCGCAAUUUUGCUGCUUAUAUUUUGAUCUGGUAUAUAAGACCUUUGAAAAAAAAUAUUUAUGUUCGCUACUUAAAUUUUGUUAUAAUUCGCGUACGUUGGAGUUGAUUUCAUUCCACAUCAUGUUAAAGGACAAACACUUUCCUGAUUAUGCUAAUCAUCACUUAGCGCGCUUUUUAUGUUAAAUUUACUGCAAUGUUAUUAUUAUGUUAUGUAUAGUUUUGUUUUGUGUGCUAUGAGUUUAACUAUGUUAUUGCAUUUCAUACUAAACUAAUGUUUUUUUGAUUGUAAAUAUGUUUUUGAAAAUGAAGCCUCUGGUGGAAAGGGUGAUAAUUUUCAAGAGAAAAUAAUAUCCAGCUUUUUUAGUUUUCGCUUCUUUGUCCAACCGAGAGGUUCUUGAUUAUUGUUGAGUUUUUAUUCGUAUUUGGUUGAGUUUAUCAUACUAUUUAUUGAGUUGAGUCCAGUAUAUUCCGACCGAAUGGUAGUACCUUCAAAUCCAUUUAGAUCAGAGAGAGAGAGAGAGAGAGA